CACAGGUGCUGUAGUCACUCUGCUGACGUGAAGAGCUCUGAGGAGACGCGGAUUACAGUUUUUGCUCUCUUUCAUUGGGAUUUCCCUCAGUGUCUCCACAGUCUUUUAUUUCCAAGCUCCGUUGUUUCCUCGAACAAACGACGUUUCUCUUUCUCUGUCAUUUAAUAGACUCUAUCUGCCGUGCGUUCUGGCGAGGAUGGCGGCGAUCAAGGCGCUUCAGCAGUGGUGUAAGGUUCAGUGCGAGGGAUACAGAGAUGUGAGCAUCAGCAACAUGAGCACAUCUUUCAGAGACGGACUGGCCUUCUGCGCUCUCAUACACAAGUUCAGACCGGACCUCAUAAAUUUUGAAUCUCUCUCCAAAGACGAUGUGUAUCACAACAAUCACUUGGCGUUCCGUGUGGCUGAAGAUCAUCUGGGAAUCCCUGCUCUUCUGGAUGCAGAGGACAUGGUGGCUUUGUCUGUCCCAGACAGACUCAGCAUCCUCACAUAUGUCUCACAAUACUAUAAUUACUUCCGCGGCCGCUCACCAAUCGGGGGAGUAGGAGGUAUCAAACGACAUGCUGAGGACUCAAAGGAGAUGCCAUCAGAGAAGAAGAAUCAGCCUGUGGUUGCCAAAAACCACAAUCUUAAAACAAACACAGAGAACCGUCCUCCUCAAACUGAAAUGCCAAAAAAUAUCAGAGACAACCGUCCUCCAUCUCUUAACAUCCAGAAAAGUGCUCCAGAGAAGCACAUUGUAGCUACUUCAGCUCGGCAGACUGGCACAGACUGGCAGAAAUCUCCAGGGCCAAAAUGUGUGCAGGCGCCCGGCACGCCACUCGGAGCGAGAUCUCCACAACCACACAGAGAUGCUGAGAAGAAAGCUGUUUUGGUGGAAAAUUCAAAUAAAACUGGCACGUUGAACAGUGAAUGUGUGGUAUGUGGAAAUCAUGUACAUCUGGUCCAGAGACACCUGGUGGAUGGAAAACUCUACCACCGGAGCUGCUUUAAGUGUAGUGUAUGCAAUGGCACUCUGAAAUCUGGGGCAUAUAAACUGGGAGCAGAUGCUGACUCACUGGUCUGCACUAUUCACCAGCAUGGCCAAAAUAGCUUCAAGCCUACUGUUAAGCCUUGUAAGAGCAGUGGCUUUACGCUUGCUGAUUUGGUACCCAAAACUGACCGUGGAGAUCAGCCAUCUUCACAGCGCUACACCUCUGUACUAUCUGCACCCAUCAAAGCUGUGCCCAGAGCCGUGGAGCUCAGUCAUGCUCCGCAGUCGUGGACCGCCUCUGCUCAGAGGACUCAGGAAGCCAGGCAGAAGUUCUUCCAGUCCUGUGGUCCAGCAGCAGAGCAUCGGCCCACCACAAGACAGCAGUCAGGCCCCUCAGAGUCCUGCACCAGUCAGAACACGCGUCUGAAGAUGGAGGAGAAAGACAGAACCAGUGCACUGGCAAACGGAAAACUAUUUGAAGGAAACACAAAUAACAACAAUGCGCUUAAUUCUGACGCAGGAGCACAGAGGCAGAUAAAAAUCAGAUGCACUUCUGCUGAAGUCUCUGGCUGGAGGCAGGAGUUACAUGGACGAGAUGCAACAGGAAGGAGCUCCUGUCAGGCCACUUCGACCAGCUCUGCUAUCAGCAGUAGCGGGAUGAACACCAAAGUAUCCCUCUACCUCAGUGCCAUCAGCAAGGAGCACAACAGACCUCCAUCCCUGCUACUUUCUACUGCCAAAGCCAAAGAUGUUCAGAGCUGCGAAGCCCCAACUGACUGGAGAUCAAAGCCAAAGGCAGUUCCAAAUGGACCAAGACUCAAAUCUCCUGAUAACGCCAAGGAUGUCCUGUUGACUUGUGGAAAAAACGAAAGUGACCAUUGUUUGACGGCCCAAAAUGAUCCAGCCUCCAAUAUAACGAACAACUGCUGUUGCUGCAACAGUCCAGUUGAGACCUGUGGUGUGCAGGGUUUUAAACGUGACUGUUCCUUGCCCUCUCAGUCCUGUCACAAGCCUUUAUCUCUGAACCAACCUCGCUGCGGGUCGGCGACGUCAAGUUACGACAAUGGAAAGAUUUCAUCUAAAAAUGGCUUGCUGUGUGAAACGAGGUUGCCUACUAUAAAGCCUUGCUACAUCGCACCAGAUCAGAUCUCAAAAGAGUUACAGGACAUUGAGAACAAGCUGUACAAUCUGGAGAACGAAGGAGUGGAGUUAGAGAGGAGACUUCGCAUUUAUGAAGAAGGUUGUUUAGGACAAAAGCUUGUCGGGACAUCAGAUGUUCCUCUUGAGGGUCAUGGAGACCUGCUGUUGGAUCCCUUGAUGGUGGACUGGUUUAACCUGAUUCGGAAAAAACAAAGCUACAUACUGAGGGAAUCUGAGUUGAUGUACAUUUUCAGAGCAAGAACACAUGAUCUGGAGGAGCAACAGCCUGGAGUAGAAGAAGAGCUCAGGAGAUUGAUCAGUAAACCAGAACAUGUCAAGACUCUGGAUAAGAAGAAUAGGGAAACAGUGCUGUUGAACAGACUGAUGAAGAUAGUGAGCGACGGGAACGCCAUUGUUGAAGGGCUGGAGGAGGACAGGAUAAGGGAGGAGGAAGAAGAUCAACAGUUGAAUGAGAUGAUGCGAAGGCUGGGUCUUCAGAAGUUUAAAAACAAACGCAAGUCAUCCUUCUCAAAGUUAUUUAGACGGAGAAGUAAAAAAGCCUCAUUGGGAUAGUGAAUUUGAGAGCGGCUGGAAUGAAGUAAUCCAGAUGUUCUGCUGUAGUCUUUUGUGUAAAACAAGGUGGGAUUAAUAUAACAUCUGUCAGGCAAUCAAGUGAGUUUGUUUGAGUUCUUGGCGCAAAAUAAUGUUCUGUUUAAACACUUUUCUUUUAUUCUAUUAUUUUCACUUCUUAUUUGGUUAAGCUAAUACUAGUUCUAUUAAUUUGCUUAUAGUUAACAUAUUGGUGCUGUAUGCUGCUUGUGCCUUUACUUUAAAUGUGUGGGCUAGUUUGAAUAAUUAUUGUUCACAAAACAUUUAUUAUUUUCGUGUCUUCAACCUCCUUACUUGUUCAGACAUAAACUGUAACUUGUAUUAGCAGAUAAACAAACAGAUGCCCAAGGCCUGGCUAAAGCACGCUACUUGACUGUGAUCCAAGAAUCUGUGGAGCAUCUUAAUUUAACCCUAACCCCCUAAAAAGAAAAUGAUGAUAAUUGAACUGCAAAAUCUAGAGAUCUUGAUGCAGUGCUUGCAGUGACCUGAAGGGGGCACUAUGAGCUCACAUGCAUUUGCACAGGCAGAGUUUUCCUGUUCUUAUUUUAUAUUCCUGAGAAAGCUAAAUCAAGCUGGAGAUUAGACGGCAGCUGGUCUUGUGUGCUGGAAAAGCUUGGAUUAUCGGUUUUAUUCUCUUUUUAAGUCCUCUAACCUAGUUCAAUUAAAAGUGUACCUCGUUUAACUUAUCUGAGGAAUAUAGUCUGUCCAAAGAUGUCUUUUACAUGGUGUUUAAAUAUGACUAAACUGUUUGAAAAACCUACAAAAUUUAUGUUUUAAGAAGUUUUAAAAGUUGAUGCUUACAAAUUGAUGUGCUUAUUUAUUGUAUAUUUGACUUUUAAAAUGAGUCUCUAAUAAAUCUUAAUGAACUUUCUUAUUGUACCCCAAACUAAUUCAGAGCUUUAUUUUAGUUGUAUA